AUGGUGCUGUUACAAAGAUAUCUGGUGUUCACGAGCUUGAUCUUAAUUCUCGAAUUCCGAAAUCUUGCUGGUGUUCCACUUGAUAGAGGAGAAACUCUGGUAAGGCGGCUGGCGGAUGACCUAGCUGUUCUCAUUGAAUACGAGGUGGCAAACGCAGGAAGCCCUCCGCGAUCCGAUGACUUGGAUCGGCUUAGGCUGCUACAAGACAGGGUGCGCGUGGCUGAGGCCCUGGGUGUCGUGUCGGGCGACCAGAAUGACAUCCAGAAGGUGAUCCAAGAAUUGCAGGACAUGGCCGAAAAGCACAGAGCAAAAAGGGCCGGAGAUGACUGUAAAGUACCGGCUUGGUGUGGUUUUGGCGGCAAGGACGAGCAGUAAUAAGGAUUUCAUAUAGUACAAAAAAAAUAAAAAUGAAUUUCACUAUUUUUUCAAAAUUAUUUUCCCGACCGUAUUGAUUUUGGUGCGAAACGAAAGAAAAAUGCACAGAUAAGAGUACGAAUGCAGUAGAUCUCGACUGGUUUGUUGUUCCGUGGCCGUAUUUGCCAAUUUAUAGUGAUAGCAUGUGAGCCAGUCAACUGUUAUGGCAGCGCCGAUGGCAAUGGCGGAAUUGACGAUAGCAGUCAUUCUUUGUAUGAAAUAAUUAAUUAAAAUAUGCAGGAGUUGUUAAAAUAACAAUAGCAAUAAACAUUGGCAAAUUUAACAGCCGACACAAACAAUAACUGUCACGCGAUUGUUGUUAUUCCCCGCCAAUUUAGGUCAUGAAAAUAUUGUUGUUUAUAGAUAAAAAAUAAAAUUGUCAGCGGCUGCCAUCGAAUUAGUAGACACAAAUAUCUGUAAAUUAUGUGUGCGAAAAACAUUUUAUAACAUUUUAUGGUUAAAUAUCAAAUAACAGUGCACUAAGUGUGAGUGGUGAAAUCGAAAGUAAAAUUUCUAAGUUGACACCGGUGACCUAGUUUCACAAGUUCGGUCGAUGGUGUUUAUGGAUUUGAAAUCACAAAAUGGUUUGGAAAUACUUGUUAUUGAGUCAAUGUAAAGCUUGUGUUUAUUCUAGAUUACAUGUUUAUUCAUGUUUGGGUUAAUAGUAGAGUAAAAACAAUGAAAGAGUUGAACACAUGUCUCAAUGACAUUUUAAUACUAAUGCCAUGAGUUGUGUGCAAAACAUUUAGAUAAAAUAACACGGAAAACUAUUUUGAAUAAGUCCAUUUCAAUUUGUAAUGAACUUGAUAUUUCACUAUAAUUGAGAUUUGUUGUUGUAACCAAGGAAUACUCUUUAAAAUAAAAAAUAAACAAGCAUGAAGUAUAGAUGUGCUGUGAACUCGUGUAUACACAAAAUGGCGGAGUUGGAAGAAGAUGAAAAUAUCCGAUACAUAAUUAUGGAUUUCUCUGUUACUAUCAUUGGUACAUAAAGUUAAGUCACAUGCUAGAUUUAUUAUUUUGUUAUGUGAUUUUUAUGUACUGAUGUGGUAAUUUGCUGCAAGAUUUGAAUUUGAAAUGGAUUUGUUGAACAUCCCAUGAUAAAUAUCCCGGUC